UCAAAAAAUAAAAAAUAAAGCAGCAUCAGGAUUAGCGUCCCGUUGGCAAGACACAAACACCGCCGAGGCUCGGAGGAGGAAGAGGAGGCGGCGGCGGCUCCCUCACGCCUGGCGCCGGGAAGAUGCUUGCUGCUGUCUGCCGUGACUCUGGCGGCGGUGAUGACGCAGGAGGCCUCUGGUGCCGAGACACGGGCGUUCAGAGCGGCCAAGACUGCGGCCCAGCACCACCCCCGGCCCGGCCAGGCAUUCAUCGAGGCCAACUGUACCCGACACUUGUGCCCUAAUGUAACGCACGGUGCCCGACCUUAAGACCCCUAACUACUAACGACGCCUCCGAGCGAGCCCUCCCCCUCCUUUAUAUUCAACCAAAUGAAACCUAACUUAAUCCUCUGAGACGUCCACUCCCAUACGUAGGGCUAAUUAGGACAGGUGAACUCCUCAGGCAGCUCAACACAGUGUCCAUCAACAGCUCCAAGGAAUGGUGGGACAUCCGGCACAGCAAGGAUGGGCUGGCGGAGGAGGAGCUGUCCAUGAGUGGCUGCAGAGUGGUGUGGUCCCGAGGUCAGGCUGGCCGAGUGGGGUCCCGGCAGGUUGUCAAGUGCACGACCUGAGACUCGGCUGUGAUACAUGCCAUGCUCGCCUCCUCCUACACCUGCCCAGACCAACCGUCCCUGCUGGGAGAACCUGUCCCUCAAGAACCCACAGGUUCAAUCACACACUCUGCGAAGCUUACGUGGAGGAAAACUGGUCUCCCGGCCAGGUGGUCACCAACCUUGUGGCCACGGACCUUGAUGCCUGGGACCUGGGCAAGCUGAGAUACACCGUCCUGCACCAGACCUCAGAAGCAGCCGUCACCAUGAACAAGGAAGGCAGUCUAUACACUGAGACACCCCUGAAUCGCGAGUCCCUGCCCGUGCACAGCCUCAAGGUGUCCGUGAUGGACGAAGAGAUCCAGGCCAGCUUCACGGUGGUGUGCGACAUGAACAAAAACCCACCAGUCUUUACGCUGCCGGAGUACCAGGCGAACAUCAUGGCUCCCAGGACGACCAUUCUUAAGGUCAUUGGUGUUAAGCUCACCGGGAGCUGA